AAACCCGAGUGCCCUCCUUUUUCCUCCGGCCUCUGCUGUCCCCUGUGCCCUCCCCGACGCCAAAACCCUAGACGCGGCGGAGGCACCGGAGCUCGACAGGAGCCGGGCACGGGAAUCCAGACCAGGGAGGCCGCAGGAGGCCCGUGGUGACUAGGGUCCCGGGAAAGCUGUCACCUGCGCUCGACGGGAACCAGGCAGCGGAGUCCGGAACAGGGGAGCGGGAGGUCGGGCCGCAGGGUCCGUGCGGUGCGGCAGGCACCAAGACUGCGUGGCACGGUCCGUCUCCGACCAAGUCAGAGAUCCAUUGAGGACUGACCGAGAGGAGAGCCGUUUUGCCAAAUGGGGCACAAAAACAGCUCCAACUCCAUCGGGAUAGCUGUUCGUGGAAUGAAGCCGUGUCAAAAUGGGACCUUAAUUAUGCGAGGAAUUUGUUAGAAGCAUCCACAAUCCCAUUGGCUCCUCGCGUGUACCGUAUGGUUCAGAUUGUUUGGGGAUGGAUUAAUUUUUGUUAUACAAUAUAAAUGUAUUAUUCCAAAUUAGGGGUAAAAUCACAAUCAAAUAGGACAUUUUGUAUAAAAGUUAACACCGUUAGAGGAGGAUGACGGAACAGGGGAAAAGUAGUGCUUCGUCUUCAAAAUGCAGGGGUAAAUUUACAAAGUUAAAAAAAGGGGUAAAACCACCAUUUCGGUACAAAACAAGGGUAUAAAUGCAAGAGCUUCUUUUUUGUGAUUGCAAAGUACAUCAUAGAUACUCACAACGUAGAACGCAAACCUUACCCAUAUGAGCAUCUUCGAAGGCUGGACUGACAAAUCCUCAUGAUUGACAAAGUCAGCAAGGUGUCUCGCUAUUGACGGAAACAUCGUUUACCACUGAAACCACAACGUCGUUAAAUCAUGGUAAAUUCGCUCUCACGAGGAGUCAAACACAGGACUUGGGGUGCUACUAAGGCUCUUGAAACCACUAGUCUAUAGGUCCUUGGCGCCACUGCUACCGAAAAGGUCAUCAGUAACGGUCGAAAAACCGCAUCACUAACGGGCGGGAUGACCGUCACUAACUUCCUGCCAGUAAUAAUGGUCAUCAUCACUAACGGUUGGAGCGACUGUUAGUGAUGAUCCCAUCAUUAGUGGUGGGUGGUCCACCCGUUAGUGAUGACGUCCAUCAUUAGUGUCGGUCAUGUUUCCGUACCCAUCACUGAUGAUGAGAUAUACUUCGUUUUGUAGUAGUGGGCAACUCUAAGUAUUGGUUGGGAUGAGAUAAUCUCAUAUACAAAUAUUUGCAAACUCCCUCUUGAUCUCGAAUCUAUCUUUGAGAUCAAUAAAUGAUAUAAUUUCUCUAAAAAAAUUGUAGGAUAAAAAUAAGAAAGUACAGAUAGAUAUGCAAUUAAAAACUCGUUAAAAUCCAAAGAGAAAAUAAGGAGAAAGAAUGAAAGAUACAACAUAUAGUGUUAUUGCCUCACUAUAUGGAUGGCCCAGUGAAAAUUCCUUGUGGAUCCACAAUGGCCGACGAAGAAAAUUUUCACAUUUGCACUAAAAGACAGUUUCACUGAAUACGUUCCUUGUAUGUGGAUGUAAGAAGUUAUGAAAAGAGCUCUUUUACGGUAUCCCGAGAUGAAUAUGAACCGUCUAUCCAUCCAAAUCUAAUGGCUAAUUAUAUUUGAUAAUCCAGCACAAUUCUACGGAGUGCCAUGCAUCUCAAAAAACUAGGGAGUACCACAAUGCUAGGGGCAAAACCGUAAUUAAGUCAGUAGUUUCUUAUUUCGCUAAUCAGUAUUUUUGUAAUAGAUCUGUACAAGAUUGCUAAGGUAUCAAGAAAGGAUCAAAACUCGUGCUAUAUCCUAAUCCCAAAAUAGCGAGAUGCAUGCGGCGGCCAGGGCAGUGCUCCGGCAUUGUACGUGACAUGGGAGCGGGGAGCUAGGGAUCAAGGACGUUUCAGCCGGAUGGUCUGACGUGUAAGGAGAUGCCUGAAUUUGGUUGGUCGAGGUGAAGCCUGAAUAGGAAAGGAAAGUCCAAAUUAUCCGGUGAAAAAUCUAGAUUACUAACCUUGUGCUGUUGUGCAAAUAUCUAAGUUACCCCCAAGAACGAACGAAUGGUUAGAUUUACUUGGCACCACAUCCUGGUUUUUGGGGUACUGUAAAAUUCCUCUAUGAAAAUCACAUUUUCCAGAUCGGAUGUACACUUGUGAACUUCUAUAGACACUGUUUGUAUAGCCAUCACCAUUGUCACUCCCAUAUUAACGCCCUAUUGGCAUCAUAUUUCGACCCAAAUUUUGAACAAUCAUCACUUCAGUUAUCAUCUUAAACAGUCCAGUGAUAUGUUGAUUGUUCCUCAGGGAGCCUUAAAAAUUACUAUCUUUAAGAUGAGUCAUGCUAUAAUUUGUCAUGGUUCAAAACCAAUAUAAUUUAUCAUCAUAUUUCAACCAAGUUUGGAAACACAACAGAAAUCCCAAACCAUGAACCUUCAGUGAUCUGUCCAUCACCUCAGGGAGUCAAGUAAUUUUGCUAUCUUUAAGAUGAAUCUUUUAGAUUCAUAUUUCUUUUUUAAAAAUCAUGCUAUAAUUUGUCAAAUAUAUGUGCCAAAACAUCCCCAUUUCACCUGCUUAUUAACAGAACAAAGAACUAAAUCCACUCUCAGUUCACAUUCCAACAAAUACCAAGAGAAUCAUAACAAAACUAAAAUUCUUGCUCUGCAUGCAUUCCCUCCAUGGGCAUCUAGUCAUCAUAUGCGGGGAACAAUUACCUCACCAAUUCCAUUCGACGCCCAAAAAACAAAAGGAGGGGAAAAAGGGGAAAAGAAAAUAAAAACCAAUGGGAUUGUCCCCUUUCUCUCUCAGAUGCUAUUUAGCCAUGUCCUUCCCCAGGACCAAACUCUGCCACUCUCUGUUAUUCUGCCCCCCUUCCUCCUUUAGCCUCCUGGAGCAACCCUUCUAAGCCUUCUUCACUCCUCCAGGUCUCCACACACUUGCAACAACAGUAAGCAAACUCACACACAUACACCACCCUUUCUUCCUCCUGACCUCUCUCCAUUAUUCUCACAUCCAUGGCAGCUGCUGAAGAAGGCACAGAGCCACUCAUGUACCAGACUUUGGCUCUGAAGGUUAGCAUCCACUGCGAGGGAUGCAAGAAAAAGGUCAAGAGGGUGCUACAAAGCAUAGAAGGGGUGUACAAGACGGACAUAGACGUCCAACAGCACAAGGUCAUCGUCACCGGCAACGUCUCCCUGGACGCGCUGGUGAAGAAGCUCGCCAAGACCGGCAAGCACGCCGAGCCAUGGCCGGAGCCCGCCGCUCCUCCUCCUCCUCCCUCCGCCGCGGCCAACCCCGGCACCGGCAAGAAGAAGAAGAAAAAGAACAGGAACAAGAACAAGCCCGCCGACCAGCCGCCGCCGCCACCGCUGGAGUGCGGCGGCGGUCCACCGGAGAACCAAGACCACGCGGGCACCUGCGACGAGGCGUCCGACGGCGAGCAGCCUCCCAAUUCUGAAGCCGCCGCCGCCGGCAGAGGCGUGCAUCCGGUCCCGGCUACCGUCAAUUUCAAUGGCGGCGGCGGAGGCGGAGGGGGGAAGAAGAAGAAGAAAGGGAGGGGAUCAGGCGGCGGCGGCAAUGGCGACGGCGGCGGCGGAGCAGUAGCGGAGGCGAGCCCCCCACACGACGCGCCCCCGAACCCCGGCGCUGACGCCGGGGCCUACCCGCCGCCUCACGGCGCGGCCAUGGGCAUGAGCUACCCGGGCCCGGGGUACUAUGCCGGCGGCGGAGGGGGGAACAUGGGCAUGGCGGCGCCGCCGUACGGCGGGGUGAGCUACAGCACGGCGCACCCGCUGCGGAGCAGCGCGUACUACCACCCGAUGAUCGGCGCGGCGGGGUACGCGGGCCCGGGCGCCGGGUACUUCUACUCCACGGCGGCGCCGGCGCCGGCGCCCGGGUCGUACUACAUGUUCAGCGAGGAGAACGCCAACGCGUGCACCGUCAUGUGAGAUCAAGACUGCGAGGAUCUGAUUAGUAGUAGUACGAUCCUUUUUUUUUAAUAAUCUAGAGUGGUUCCCUUGUUGUAAACUGCAGCAUUUUGCUUUGUACUACAACAGAAAUUACAAAUUUGUGUCCUGUCAUUUUGUCA